AUGUCUUUCGAGAAUCCUGAACCGCUAGAAAUUGGUGGGAAUGCUCCCUCCGCUCCUCCCGCUCUGGACGGUGCCCCAGUGGAGGAAAUUAGUGUCGCGGCCGCGGGUGCAGAUGCCCUUAACGAAGAAGAACGUGAAUCAGAACAGGAGGAAAGCCUCUAUUCUCACGACGAAGAGAGAUUUGUUGCCGAGAAAGAGGACAGCGCCACUCCUGAGAUCCAAACAGCUACCAACGAGGACGAAAAUGAAGGUUUGGUCGGUGCGGAAUCAUCGAAAGUGGACCCACCCGUAAACGAAGUGAUGAAUGACAACGCAAGCGAAAUUGGCGACGCAGCCGCUUACAGUGGUCAACCGACCUCAGCGGUCGAAGUAGCGCAUGAAGCGACUUCUCUCGAAGUGGGAGAGGAGCUUGAAAGCGCACAGGCGUCGCCUAAAGCAGCAGCCGAAAUCGAGCAGGAUGAUGAAGAGCUUGCAGAUCCAAGUAUUUCUGAGGACAGUGAAGGCUCCGAUGAGGUCGCAAGACCCGAACAGCCACACGUUGACGAAGAAGCAGAAAUCGAGAAUGCCGAGCUGGAAAGUGAAGCGUCCUCGGCAGAUGAAGCCCAAGAUUUUGAAAAGGAGGAAUCAUCGGUCGCAGACACCGAAGGCGUGACAUCUGAACCUCAGGCGUUCGAUGUCAACAACUACAGUACAGACUUAGAAAGUGUGGACUACAGCUUACUUCAAAGACAGGCCAACACGGUUUUAGAAAGUCAAUUACUGGACAGACCUCAGUUCCAACGCCUAUCAGACGCAGAAAAAAUUAGUGCAGUUGUCACGCUACUCAAUGCGAAUCCUGAAACCGCAUUGCCACAGCGCCAAAUGGCAGCUUCCCAGACACCAGCCAUGGAGGAAGGGGAGGGUAGACCCAAUUUACUCCAGCCUAUGACCGCAGUGGAGCGUAAACGCUACAACGAGUAUCUGAGGGGCGAGAACAGAAUUACAGAGAUCCAGAAUAUUCCUCCUAAGUCGCGUCUUUUCAUUGGUAACCUACCCUUGAAGAAUGUCGCCAAGGAUGACCUCUUCCGCAUAUUCUCGCCAUAUGGACAUAUCUACCAGAUCAACAUCAAAAACGCAUUUGGGUUCAUACAAUACGAUAAUCCUCAGUCAGUAAGAGCUGCCAUAGCGGGUGAGUCGAAUGAAUUGAAUUUUGGCAAAAAACUGAUUCUUGAAAUUUCGUCGUCCAACAGCCGGCCACAGUAUGACCACGGCGACCACGGGACGAAUAGCAGUUCCACGUUUAUCUCGUCGUCCAAACGUCCAUUCGACGAAGAUGAAGACGAGGAAGACAUCUACAGCGAGAGCCAGAAACGAGGUAAGAGACGCGUUCCAGAAUGCCAAAUUUACGUCAAGAGAACAGCAGACAGAUCGUAUGCUAACGAUAUUUUUGGCAGAUUUAGGCAAGGCACCGGUUUGGAGACCGAUAUGAUAUUUUUGAAGCCACGUAUGGAACUGCGCAAAAUGAUGAACGAUGCCGCUUACGACGGCGUAUGGGGUGUGGUGCUUGUUAACAAGACUAGAAACGUGGACAUUCAGACAUUUUACAAAGGCCCACAGGGCGAGACCAAAUUCGAUGAAUACGCAAGUGUAUCUUGCGAGGAUGCUAUUGCAAUUUUCAAUAAUCUCAAGAAUAAGAGGCAUAACAUGAUGAACAUCCCCCCUCAGCCGGUACCUCAGCAGCAAUACUAUGGUGGCUACAAUGCUCCACCAGGUCCGGUCCCACAGGGACAGGCCUACAUGCAGCAAGCAUACGGGACUGUGGCCCCGGCACCACAAGCGUACAGUGCCCCUCCACCUGGUCCUUCUAUGACUCAGAACUACGCUUCCUAUCCUGGCCACCCAAUCCCUGGCCCACCUACCCAUAUUUCUCCGCCUCCAAUGGCACCAGUGAUGGGUUCUGCCCCUCAAAUGGAUCAACAACAAUUGUUCUCGGCCAUUCAAAACCUACCUCCCAAUGUUGUUUCCAACCUACUAUCCAUGGCACAGCAACAGCCCCAGCAACAGCAACAGCUGCUUGGGAUAAUCCAGUCUAUGCAACCGCAGCAAGCCCAAGCUCAAGGGUCUCCCCCUGCCCCUGUCUCGUAUGGUGGGUUCCAGCAGAUGCCUAUGGGAACUCCUCCGGUACACCACCAGCCACAGCGCCCAUCACAGGUACCUCAACAGCAGCAGCCGGCUUAUACAGCUGCUCCCAAGAACUCCCCGGCUCAGAACCCUGUCCCACAACAGCAGUCUCCAUCCGUCUCUGGUAAUAAUAACGUCCAAAGUCUUCUUGACAGCUUGGCCCAACUGCAGCAAAAGUAA